AUGUCUUUAUUCAAGGGAGUAACACCUACCAAGAGCAUUAUCAUGCGAUGGGCUCCCAAAAAUGUUCAACCUCCCGUCGCAAGCCGCUACCUGAGAGCUCCCUCCCACCCAAUCCGACCCAAGAUCGUCCAUAUAUGCGGCCACCGAGAUCGCAAUACAUUGUGGUGGCGGGUGUCGGUGACACAGAUCCAACAACAUAAGCGUGUAGUUCGCUCCUGGUGUGCACGUCGAGUGCGUCUAGCUAUUGAGCUGGCUCUCAAGCAGCAUGGGCUGGACACCUUCGGGAAACCGCUCGACUCGGCGUCUGCUCUAGGGAAGUCUGGUGUGACGGGAAGUCUGGAGGUCCUCGUUCAGCCACCGUGUUUGGCCCAGAAAAUGGGUUCGCUUCAGGAAGACGUCAACAAUUUAAUAUCUUCGUUUCUGAAACAUGAAGCAGCGGUCCCUGAGCAGAAGGCUAAAUCAAACUCGAAGUCCAAGGCUGAACGACGACCAUCUUUGACCCCUUCAUAG